AUGCUAGAGUCUGGGAGACGAAGGCUUCUCCUUCUGUGCGCAAGCUUUGUGCUUCUUUCACUUCUUGGACCAUCCAAUGGCGCAUCGAAUUCCACGGAGAAUCUCAGUGAGAGCCGCAACAAGACCAGUCAUACUUUGGAGAUGACACCAAAAGUAUCAUUUCAGCUCAAGCUACACGCAUUGUUCCACUGGUCUUCGUUUGGUUUCUUGAUGCCUCUAGGAAUAAUACUAGUCAGAAUGUCAAGCAAAUGUCAUAAUGGCAGAUGCAUCAGAGCCCUCUUCUACUGUCAUGCCAUUUCGCAGACUGUGGCUGUCCUCCUUGCUACCGGCGGCGCUGUUCUGUCGUUGAUGAACUUCGAAAACUCCUUCAGUAACAGUCACCAAAGAGUAGGGUUGGCACUAUAUGGAGUCAUGUGGCUUCAGCCAAUUAUCGGUUUCUUCAGGCCAGAAAGAGGCGUUAAGGUGAGAAGCCUAUGGUAUUUCCUCCACUGGCUCCUCGGAAUCGCAAUCUGCGCCACGGGGAUCGUGAAUGUCUACAUUGGCCUCCGCACCUACCAUGAGAGGACCACCAAGAGCGUGAGGCUCUGGACCGGCCUACUCACCGUUGAGAUCACCUUCCUGGCUUUCUUCUACCUCAUGAUAGACAGAUGGAGCUACAUGAUGAAGCAAGGCCACGUCACUGUUGAGCAGCUAAGGCCAACUGAUAAUCGCAGAACCUAUCCGACCACUCUUCGGAAGGAGCUGGCUCUGGUGCAGGAGUGA